CAUGAGGCGAUUUUCAAGGCGAUUCAACAUUGUUCUGGAAAAAUCGCCCGUGUAAAUGGUGAUCCAAAAAUCGCUUGUCUCAAAAUAUACAGCAAGUCAACCUUUGCAUGCGAUUAUCGCCUCUCAAAAAAUCGCCUCAUAUAAAGGCAGCUUAAAAGAGAAAAAUGGAAGUAUGUAAACCAAAACCAUCGAUACUAUCGAUAGUGCCAUCGAUAGUUUUCCAGCUCUGCAAAAGGCGCGAAACUAGGUAAACAAUUGAUUAGUGCCGAAAGCAAGCGGCUCGCUAGAAUUGUUGGGGUAUUUCAUUUUGGAAAUUAAUAAAUUAAUUUGUUCGUGUAUAAUAAAUAUUAUUGAUGAUAUGGCUCUCUGGGUGGAUAAGCAUAGGCCACGUGAGUUGUCCAAACUUGAUUAUCACAAAGAGCAAGCUGAAAAUUUGCGCAAUCUGUGCCAGCAGGGUGAUUUUCCACAUUUAAUGUUCUAUGGCCCCUCUGGUGCUGGUAAAAAAACUCGUAUUAUGUGUUUAUUGCGCGAAUUGUACGGGGCUGGUGUGGAAAGACUGCGUAACGAAACAAUGACCUUUACCACUCCAUCGAAUCGCAAAGUAGAAGUGAUGACAGUUGGAAGUAAUUAUCAUUUAGAAGUAAAUCCUUCAGAUGCGGGCAUUUACGAUCGUGUUGUUGUUAUUGACCUUAUCAAACAAGUGGCUCAAACACAUCAAAUCGAUGCAUCAGGGCAGCGUGAAUUUAAAGUAAUUGUACUUUCUGAAGUGGAUGAGCUCACUAAAGACGCUCAGCAUGCGCUGCGUCGCACUAUGGAAAAGUAUGUGGCUACAUGUAGGAUUAUAUUGUCAGUGAAUUCUACGUCGCGCGUUAUACCGGCUAUACGAUCUCGUUGCUUAGGAAUACGUGUUCCUGCACCUAGCGAAGAAGAAAUAAACGCAGUACUACAACAAACAUGCAAGCGUGAAGGAUUAACCUUGCCUACUGACUUGGCCACACGAAUCGUGGAGAAAAGUGAGCAUAAUUUACGUCGCGCCUUGUUGAUGUUGGAAGCUUGUAAGGUUCAGCAGUACCCCUUCACCGGACAGCAGGACAUCGUUGAACUAGACUGGCAAGUAUUUUUACGUGAGACAGCCAACCAAAUUGUGACAGAGCAAACACCAGCAAAGCUAGAGAAGAUACGUGACCGGUUGUACGAAUUGCUGGCACAAGGGGUGCCCCCCGAUAUGAUUUUCCGCGGAUUAGUAGAGCAACUUGUUAAAAACUGUGACAUGUCUCUCAAAGCAAAAACAUUGGAGUAUGCAGCACUCUAUGAACAUCGUAUGCAGAACGGCGCUAAACAUAUAUUCCACUUGGAAGCGUUCGUUGCUCAAUUUAUGAAUAUAUACAAAAAAUUUAUGUCCGAGUCUAUGAUGAUGGACGAUUUUUAAUUUGUUUUAGUAAGUAUAAUUUAUAUUUGUAUGUCGUACUAGGAAACAAAAUUUAAAUAAAAAAAAUA